UUCUGCAUCCAAGACACGUCAUGUUAAGCAACAUUCUGCUGUUGUCUCUUCAGAUAAGCCUCCUAGGAACCACUCUUGGUGGGAACAUCCUGAUUUGGCCAAUGGAAGGUAGUCACUGGCUCAAUGUUAAGAUCAUUAUAGAUGAGCUCAUUAAAAAAGAGCAUAAUGUGACUGUCCUGGUUGCCUCUGGUGCACUUUUCAUCACACCAUCUUCUUACCCGUCUCUGACAUUUGAAAUAUAUAAAGUGUCCUUUGGAAAAGAAAGAGUAGAAAGAGUGAUCAAGGAUUUUGUUUUGACAUGGCUGGAAAAUAGGCCAUCUCCUUCAACCAUCUGGAGAUUCUAUCAGGAGAUGGCUAAAGUCAUAAAGGACUUCCACAUGGUGUCUAGAGAGAUCUGUGAUGGUGUUCUUAAAAAUGAAAUGCUGAUGGAAAAGCUGAAGAAAGGCAAGUUUGAAGUCCUGGUAUCAGAUCCAGUAUUCCCUUGUGGUGAUAUAGUAGCUUUAAAGCUGGGAAUACCAUUCAUCUAUUCCUUGAGGUUUUCUCCAGCCUCAAAUGUGGAAAAGCACUGUGGGAAAGUACCAUACCCUCCUUCCUAUGUUCCUGCUAUUUUAUCAGAACUUACUGACCAGAUGACAUUUGCGGACAGAGUAAGAAAUUUCAUCUCCUACCACCUACAGGACUACAUGUUUGAAACUCUUUGGAAACCAUGGGAUUCCUACUAUAGUAAAGCAUUGGGAAAACCCACUACGUUAUGUGAGACUAUGAGCAAAGCUGAAAUUUGGCUAAUUCGGACAUAUUGGGAUUUUGAAUUUCCUCGUCCAUUCUUGCCUAAUUUUGAGUUUGUUGGAGGACUGCACUGCAAACCUGCCAAACCUUUACCUAAAGAAAUGGAAGAAUUUGUCCAGAGUUCUGGUGAAGAUGGUAUUGUGGUGUUUUCUCUGGGGUCAAUGGUGAAAAACCUCACAGAAGAAAAGGCCAAUCUCAUCGCCUCGGCCCUCUCUCAGAUUCCACAGAAGGUUUUGUGGAGAUACAAGGGAAAGAAGCCAGCCAUGUUAGGACCGAAUACUCAGCUGUUUGAUUGGAUUCCCCAGAAUGACCUUCUCGGUCAUCCCAAAACUAAAGCUUUCAUCACUCAUGGUGGAACUAAUGGGAUCUAUGAAGCUAUUUAUCAUGGGAUCCCUAUGGUGGGGGUUCCCAUGUUUGCAGAUCAACCUGACAACAUUGCUCACAUGAAGGCCAAAGGAGCAGCUGUGGAGGUCAACAUGAACACAAUGACGAGUGCAGACCUGCUCAAUGCCUUGAGAAUAGUCAUCAAUGACCCUUCUUAUAAAGAGAAUGCCAUGAGGUUAUCAAGAAUUCACCAUGACCAGCCAGUGAAGCCCCUGGACCGAGCAGUCUUCUGGAUUGAGUUUGUCAUGCGCCACAAAGGGGCCAAGCACCUUCGGGUUGCAGCCCACGACCUGUCCUGGUUCCAAUAUCACUCUUUGGAUGUGAUUGGGUUCCUGUUGGGCUGUGUAGCAAGUGUUGUAUUCUUGGUCACAAAGUGUUGUUUGUUUUCCUAUCAAAAAUUUAUUAGGAAAGGAAAGAGGAUAAAGAAGGAAUAGAUCUUUCUAACUUUAGGAGUCUUAAAUUAGGCAAUCCCAUUAAUUCCAGCCAACCUAGAAAGAAAGUCUAGGUUCCAACAUGAUCAUUAACUAGUAUGUCCCAUUCUUCCUUUGUCUUUUGCCCUGGUUUCUUUACCAGGGAGCUAUUAAUUCUAAAUACAUUCUAUUCAUAAUAUCAUUAAGGUUUUUUUUGUUUUUUAUUUUUGUUACCAGGGAUUGAAUUCAGGACCUUGUGCUUGUGAGGCAGGUGCCAGAACCACUGAGCUAAUAAAUCCCUGGCCAAAUAUCAUUAAGUUUUAACUUUGAAUGAUAUGCUAAGAAUAUUUGGAAUCCUGGUAAAGGCCCACAGGGUAUAUGGAAUUUGAUGAAUGGAGGGAAUUCACAAGAGUCAGAUGCCCACUUCUCCACAGACCAUACAAUCAAAGAGCCACCAUCACAGGAGAUUGGUUUAUGAAAGGAGGAGAAAUGACUUCUUUUUCAAUAAAAAUAAACUGUUUAGCUUGCUAAAUGUUAUAGGAAUUAGAAUAUUAAUUUACACAGUAAUAGUGCAUCACAGAAUGAAAGGUCUGUCUCCAUAAUUUUUUUUUUUUGGUACGGGGAUCGAACUCAGGACCUUGUGCUUGCGAGGCAAGCUCCAGAACUACUGAGCUAAAGCCCUGGCCUGUCUCCGUAAUUUUUAUUGAGCACAUUUAGAUAAUCACAAUCUAUUUUCCUACUCUUUUUCAACAAUUAUUAUUGUGUACUCUCUAGUGAGUUGCAGAUUUUGGGUCAUUAAAUUUCAAAAAAUAAAUCAAUAGAGUUUUGUUUUCAAAUACAAUAUGUUAAAGUUGAACAAAUCAUCUGUAAAGGAAACAACAAAGAGAAAUAUCAAGGAAUAUGCAAUUUUGUGAAAUUACUAACUCAUAAAAAUAUCGACCACCUUAGUGUUAAUUCAUUAUAUUUAAAAAUCAGUAGAUAGGGGAAAGGAAAGAAGGUAAUGAAAUUAAUACAAGAAAAUGGAAACAAAG